ACUCAUUUAGAGUUGGAUUUUUUGUGAAAACGCACGUGUUAAAAGUUCCGGACAUGAAAUUUAUAUUUAAUAGAAAAAUUUUAAUAUUAAUCGGAAUUAAAUUGCUACUUUUUUAUGGGAUUCACAAAGUUUAUAGAAAAUAUAGUUCCGAAUGGGAAAGAUGUAAGGCAAAUAGUGCGAUAAUAAUUGAAGACAGCUUUAGUGACCUUCCAAGAGAAAAGAUAAUCAAUGAUGCAAUUUUCUUUAUCGAAACAACAAAUUCUACUGAUCAUCAAUUGACAGCACGUCAAGCUUGUGCGAUAGAAUCUGCAGCUUAUGUAAAUCCAAACAAGGAAGUUAUCGUUUUAUUCCUUACAGCCUCAAAUUAUAUUAGGCUUCGGCAUUGGCCACAUUUUAAGCAUUUAUUAAAGUACAAGAACAUUCAUUUGAGAUAUUUUAAUAUCAAUGACUUAACAGCAGACACACCAUUCGAAGAAUGGAUUGAAACUGGAUAUGUGAGCAAUUCUCCAUACCAAACUUCUCAUCUUUCAGACAUUCUACGUUAUGCUGUUUUAUACAAAUAUUCUGGCUUAUAUUUAGACUUGGAUGUCAUUACAAUCAAACCAAUUGACAGUAUUAAGCAUAAGAACUUCGCAUGCUUGGAAGAGAAUCGAAAAAGAUUUCAAAGUAUAAACGGGGCCGUCUUAAGAGUCAGUGAUCAAAAUGGACGUUUAUUGAUUCAUAUGAUGAUAGAUCAAGUCAUUAAAACGUACGACAGUCGAAAACAUUGGGAUAUUGGACCUAGACUAGUAACAAAGGUCUUAAAAGAAUAUUGUGAAAUAGACGACUUUUUAAAGACCACAGAGUGCAAAAACUUCAAAAUCCUUCCAAUAGAAAAGUGCUAUGCAAUCGAAGGAUAUGAAUGGUAUAAAUUUUAUAGAGAAUCAGACACAAAAUUAGCACUUAAGUCAACAAAAGACUCGUAUUACAUUCAUUUAUGGAAUUAUCAGAGCAGUAAGAACAAAAUAUCAAAAUCAAAAAAUGUUGCAUUUAAUGUUUUGGCAUCAAAGUAUUGUCCAUUGGUGUAUGAAAAUAAUGAUGAACUGUAAUUGGUACGGAAAUAAAUUUAAGGCUGUGAU